UAGUCAUUGCCAUUGUUGCAUCCCUUCCAGGUUGUUGGAGCCCCAAUACCAACAAGCGGACUCGUCUUACAACAUUAUCGUGGACAACCUCCGCGAAGUUCUGGCAAAUACCCGCGUCCCGUCUGACCUGUGAUCGCAGUUACUUCCUAGUUACUCGUAACGGUCACUCCUCGUCAAAGGGGUGCGGCUGUCAAAACAAGUGGGGGGUUUUCUGAUGUUCAAGAACCACUGGUGUUUGGUGGGGUUCAAACAGGUUACGGGGGGCUGGUUCCGUCAUCACCUUCCUGCCCGCAUCCGAACCUCCGGCGCCAAUUUGAACCCACAAAACCGUCCAAAUGUGCGCUCAAGUGUUAUUCAACCAGCAGUGUCGCUCUUGUGUCACAGUUCACGGAUUAUGUCUUGACGCAGAAGUCCAUUGGUCUCUCUACCAUGACCGACUCGUCGUUCGGACAGUGGAUCCUUGUCCUCUCGCUCACCGCAUUUCUCCUCUCGCUCGUGAUUCUUGUCCAGAUCGCCGGCCGUUACGCAACGGCAUACCUAGAUGCGCCCACCGAAGUCUCCGCCUUCCUCGAUGCCGUUGACAGCUCCAUCGCCGAGAAUGAAUCCUAUGACCGCGAUAUCGCAAAGGUUCAGCAGCUGGAGGAUAAAUUGCGCCUUGGCCGGCUCCUGCGCGAUAUUCAGAAGGGAGGAGACGCCUUGCGCGAGGAGUUGAAUUCACUGCUCGUUGGAGAAGACGACCCCCGCCUGCGCAACGCUUCGCGCAUACUAUGGGCGGUGCAUCGGCCGAGACUAGAGGAGAAGGUGCGGCGCCUUGACCUGCUCAGGAUGCGCUUCCUAGUAGUGCACAUGGGCAUCAUUGCUGGCGCGGCAACCGAGGCGGCGGCGAAGAAGGACGCUGCGCCACGAGAUUUGGAGAAGUCGCCAGACUUGCUCCAUACAUCUCAACGUAUUGGGCUCCCGAAGGGCCUACUCGACGGCAUAAAAUCCAAGCCCCCAUUGCGGAGGCUAACCGUCAAUACGAUCGGUCACCAAGAGAACCUCGAGGGCAGCCAUCGCAAAGGCUGGGCUGGGGUUGUGAUGGAAUUACAGAGAAGCCCUUUGCUCCAUAAAAGGCAUGCGAGCAUCGAAAUGGCCAUGUCACGGUCGCCAUAAGAGUGUGUUCGGUCCCUCGCUUUCUCUCCGGCAACCUGACCACCGACGACUACCUUUUCUACGACAUUUUCUGACGAAACACGAGUACUGACGACGCAACGAAUACCUCUAUACCCACGUGAUUUUAUGACUCGAGCGUAUCACAAAGGCAUGCCUGGCGUUCUUGGAUCUGGAAGAGCAGGAUGGGCGGUGCUGGGCACGAGUUCGGAUGGAGUUCUGGUCACGUCACACGAGAUACCCCCUUUUUACCCCUUUUCGCCAGUCACAAUAAUUCUUUUACCUGCGUGGCUUGCCUCACGUCUCUGUUCCAUAUGUUCUACUGAAUUUCAUCCCUACCCAUUUUCCGUGUUGUCUGUACAAAUUCUCUCCACGCCAUCUUCCUGAUAAAUUCCUCUGUAUCCUAACCAGCCAUAAAGCCGCCAUAAUCUAAUGUUUGGU